CUGGCUACUGGAAAGAGGUGAAAUUUUACGACGUGCGAAUAAUAUUUAGGUUUCCUCUGAUUUUUGGGGGGUUUUCCUUGCUGAACUGUUGGAAUAUUGAAGGAGAAUCCUUGUGAUGUAAUUGAAGAGUCGAAAUAUUUGCGGUUAAUCACGAGGACUUUGACUAACACAUUGUUCAUAUUUAUUUUCGAUUGGAAAAACGUUUAAUUGAAUUUGGGCUGCCCUCAUAGAGUCCUGAGCACUAUUCGGCGAAGAUGAGCGUAAUAAUACGCUUACAGAAUUUGCCCUGGUCGGCAAAUGCACUGGAUGUUCGUAACUUUUUCAAAGGCCUGUCGAUCCCGGAUGGCGGAGUUCACAUCGUUGGUGGUGAAAUGGGCGAUGCUUUUAUUGCGUUCAGCACCGACGAAGAUGCCCGCCAGGCAAUGAUGAUGAAUGGAGGUAAGAUAAAGGAAGUUCAGAUCACAUUGCUUCUGUCGUCCCGUGCCCAAAUGCAAAAAGUGAUCGAGGAAGCGCGCCGAACGACGAUGUCAUUUAUGCAGCUAUCAGCACAAAGCUCGGCACCGCCCCAACCUGCGCCUGUUGCGGCAAAGGUUCCCGUUCCGACAACGACGGUAUCUCAGCAACCGCAACCGCCGGUGAUUAGUUUGUCUGGAUUCUUGGCGCAAAAUUUGAACUCGCAAAAAUCGCAGAUUAUGCAGGCACAGUCGAUCUACUCAGAGAUUCCAGGCUUGGGAUUUUUGAAUUCUAGUACCGGUAUGUUUCAGCCGAAUGCUCCUGCUGCUGGAUUAUUCUCAGCGUUAAAUGCGCAGUCAUAUAAUAGUGCAGAUCCGAAUUCAGCUUUUGCGCAGUUAUCCGAGCAGUUGAAAAAGGCUACGGAGGCAGAGAAAAAAGCUGCGGCAAAAGGAUUGACCAACGCCAGUGGUAAAGUCGGUAGUAGUAAUCUUAGUUCGAAGAAGGAGUCUGGAGAAAAAAGUAGCCGCCGUAGUAGAUCUUCAUCUCGUGAACGGGAUAGGCGUCGAUCAUCAAGGGAUCGUUCUCGGUCGAGGAGUCGUGACCGUGAUCGGGGAAGACGUCGUAGCGGAAGAGAUCGUAGUCGCAGUAGAAGUCACGAUCGGCGUAGUCGAAGCCGUAGUCGUGAUCGUCGUGAUAGGCGACGUAGGUCUAGAUCGCGAGAUAGACGUGGAAGUCGAUCGAGAGAUGUUAGUCGGGAGAAGGAGUCAAAGGUUGACAAGUCUGCGAGAGGAAGGGUUUCCCGGUUUAGUGAUCGCGCUGAGCUGAAAUCGGCAAAUACUGCUGCACCCAUCGCUGUACCAGAGGUAGAACAAAAGCCAUUUGUUAGUCCAUGGGACACUCCGAUUCAAUUGAAUUUGAUGAAAUUAUCUGGUAGUAGUGUGACGAAACCGAUUCUACCACCCGUCAUUGCGCCGCAAUCAGUAGCGAUAGCAUCCAAUCCGUCUGCGACUCGUAAUGAGCAGCCUCAGAGUAGUUCAAAUAACCAGUCCAAUCCUCAGGCGAGCCUAUACCCUGCAGUGAAUUAUGGCUCCUUUCAGGCGUCAAAGCCGAUUAGUAGCGAGCAUUUGAGUAAGUUACAGGAGCUGCAUGCCAUGCGUGAUCCAAGAGCCUUUCAAGGUCAACCAGGUCAAAGCCACAAUCGAGGUCAGGGUCACGGUCAAGGAUCCGGUAGAGACAAUAAUGGGUUCGGAAAGAACCAAAAUCAGAACGCGUAUAGCUACUCAAAGCAAAAUGAUGAACAUAAUUCUGCCUUUAGGAUGUCUUCCAGUAAAAACAAAUCAUCGGAGGAUAGCUUCAACGAAAGGCAUCAUAAAUUGUCUGAACAUGACGACAGAUCGGAAUCAUCCGAUGAAACGGAAGGGCAGUCAGUUAAGAUUUCUAACAUGGAUACCUCCACCGGCUAUGGUGAACUUCGACGAUUUUUCUUCGGACAGUCGAUCUCUAGCAAUGGAAUAAAGAUGAUAAAUGAUCGAAAUGGCAAGAGGACGGGAGUGGCGUACAUCAGGUUUCUAAGGAAGGAUGGCAAAAGGUAUGCUCUUUCGAGAGAUGGAAUGGAAUUGAGGCGGGCGCACGUGAAGCUUGAGUCGAUAACGGAUAAGGAGUUUGAAGAUGCUAUCGAUUCAUAUCGGCCGACUUAUGAUGAUACUAAGAAUAAUUGGGUAGAACUAAACGAUCAAAACGAAGACAAAAAAUCCGAAGAUGUGAUCGAGAUAAUGGACGAUUCAAGUGAGCGAGGAAAUAAAUUUGGGUCGCUGGUCGUUUGGAAUCUACCGAAUAUGACAACUGAAUUGGAUUUAAUGCGAAUCUUUUCUGAUUUUACUGUGGUUGAAGUACUGAUCAUCAAAAACUACAAGAAUCCGAAGCAAUUUGAUGGAUACGUUAAGUUUCAUCGGUUGGAAGACGCCCGUAAAGCUUACGACAGUAUACAUAAGCAUUACAUUAGAAACAAGCGGGUGUACAUAAAAUUGUGUACCGACAUUGAGUACGAUGCGGCGAAGAAUGAGUAUGAUGAACCUGAGGAUAAUGACGGUGUUGUUGCGGUUCAGCCAUCAACUGUAGAUUUGGAUGAUUCGGUGCAGGAUAUUGUUGAAGAUUCAAAAGGAUCCAAGAGCGAUGUCGGUGACAACAUGGAUUUGGUUGUCGAAGAAAAGGCUCCAGUUGAUGGAGAAAAAAUCGAGCGACCCUUCCAUGAUCUUAUGGGUGAUGAUCCGCCUUUGGAUCAGCUGAUUGAUUCUAACAGUCGACAAGUGGCUUCAGUUUCAGAAUCUGAAGAGGAUCAAUGGGAUGUGAAACAACCACGUGAUCCUAGAAAUAUUUUCAGUCGCAAUUUCAGUAAGCCGCCGUAUCAGAAUCAGCAGCAAUAUCCGCAACAACAUGCUGCACUUCAGCUGCAGCAACAUUUUUCGUCACCACAGUCUUCACUGCAGCAGCAAAAUCAACUGCAGCAAUCUUAUUCCCCGCAGCAGCAAAAUCAGCUAAUGCCACCUCAUUUGUUGCCGCAACAACAUUUACUACAGCAGCAAAAUCAACAACAGCAACCUUUUUCAUCGCCACCGUAUUACUUGCCUCCGCAGCAAAAUCAGCAACUGCCAUCUUAUUCUCCCCAGCAGCAGUUUUUUCAUCAACAGCAAAAUCUACAACAACCUCCACUUUCAUCUCCACAGCAGUCUUUACUGCAACAGCAAAAUCAACAGCAACCCUAUUCAUCGCAACAGCACUCUGUACUUCAGCAGCAAUAUCAACAACAGCAAUCACAUUUAUCGCCGCAGAAUCCUUUAUCUCAGCAGCAAAAUCAACGAUCACAAUCGCAGCGACCGCAAGAACAACACCGUGAGUCAGUCGUCGCACCGCAAAAGAGCGUAGGUGGAUUCGGAGGUGAAUUCAGCCGUGAUCCCCGUCGUCGACAGAAUGUUAUGAAUCAGCAACCUAACGAAAGUCAGAGCCAGACUGGAUUUCAAAGCGAUAACACCCGAGACGGUGUCGAUAACAAUAAGAAUAAUUAUGGUUCUUCACAAUCUCGUUUUGGUGCAUCAUCGUCUUUUAUGGGACCCAAAGGUAAUGACCGGUACGAUCAACUAUCGACCAAUUCAAACGAUCAGAGCAACGGUAAAACAACAUUUAUAGUGAUAACCAACCUUGAGUAUGGGCUGCAGGAAUCGAUCGUCAGAGAAUUCUUUGAUCACGAAGGAUUCAAUCCGAAGCAUGUGCACUUCAUUCGCUCUCAUACCGGUCGACCAACCGGUGAGUGCUUAGUAGAAUUCGAUACUCCACAAGAAGCGGAAGCUACAAUGUUGAAAAAUGGUUCACAAAUUGGCAAAAGAAAAGGAUUUAUAAAACAUUUGGAUAAACAUCAGGUUAUGGACGUGAUGCAAAGGAUAAACCGUGGUAGAGGAGGUCGUGGGCAAAAAUUCUAUAAAGAUGGAAAUAAUUUCGGUGGGGGCUACAAUAAUUUCGGUGACCACAGUAAUAACUUCAGUGGAAGCAAUAACUUUGCUAGUAACAAUUUCGGCAGAGGAAAUUUUGCAAAUGAUAAUUACGGCGGAAAUUCCUCUGGCAAUGAUAGAUCUGCAAAUAAUGCUUCCGGUGGAUUAAGUGACAGUAAUUUCUCGGAAAAUAACGGAAGGCAAAGGAUAGGUAACUUUGAUAAUGAUCAAAAUCAGAAUUUUGCAUCCGAUAACGCAUCUUCAAACAUAGAUCAUGAUGCGUGCAAUAAUCAACAAAAUGAAGUGGAUUAUUUUGUUGAUGACUCCCAUGAUCAACCUGAGGAAAUACCGGUAAAUAUUGAUGAAACCAGUCAAGAGGAUGUAAAAGAUCAGGAAGAAUCCGAAAUUCCCGAAAAACUCACAGAAGAAAUACCCUGUACCGAACAGUUGGCUGUACAAGAGCCUGCUGAUACACCCGCUAUACAGUCGGAACCGGAACACCCGGAAGAUCAAUCACUCCAAUGUAUCUCACCGAAAAAUGAUGGUCGAGAACCAGACGAUCCGCCACUGGAUAUGCCCUGCCAACUGCCUGAUCCUGAUACAAGUUGCGAUAAUAUUAUCAUUCUCAGUAAUCUACCGUUUCGCGCCCGGAAUGAGGAUAUAGCAAAACACUUUAAGGAGUAUAACGUAACUGUGAACGAUGUCAAGCGAAGGUAUAUGCGGGAUGGACGAGCUACCGGAGAAGCAAUGGUUCGGUUUCAGAGCCCUGACGAUGCACAGCGUGCUCUGCAGUCGCACCAGCAGCGGCGAUUAGGAGGGCGGUACAUACGGAUGAAGAUUCUGAGUGAAUUCAAUUAGCAUGGUAGUAGAUUGAGAACAAAGAUGGUUUGAACAUUUCUACGCUGCUGAGAUCAUAUAAGAUGUUUCAUUUUAUAUCAUUCAGCUCGGACAUUAGAAUACGAAGCAAAAUUGGGGAACUACAUUUGAAUGAGUGAGUGCGUUUCGAUUUUAUGAAUUAGAACUGUAAAUAGUAAUUGAUAAAUGAAAUACAUAUGAUUAAUGUAUCCUAA